CUAUGCAUAGAUGCUCCUAUCCAGUGGCAUUGUCUCGGUUUGGCUCUGUCUCGUCGCUAAAUACAUAACAACGUACAUGUAACCCGAUUAGCCCUACAACAGUUGCCUCCUCUGUCUGUCCUUGUCCAAGAUAGGAUACCAUGGUGUUCUGUGGCAGACCAUCUAAGGCGUGUCAACGGUGUAGAGAACGCAAAUUAAGAUGCGAUCUGCGCAUACCGUCCUGCGGGCAGUGUAAUAGAGCACUAGCUAAGUGCCACGGGUAUCGAGAUACGCGGCAGAUACAGAUCAGGAACGAAAGCCAAGUGGUGCGAAUGAAGGCCCUCCAAAAGGUUACGCCUAGUCCCAUUCCCUCACGGAUCCGGGCUCUCCCGCUGUCAUUAGAGGCCCAAGCACGGGACAUGUUCUUCAGGUUCUACGUGAACGGCUUCUCCACAACAUGGAGCUUCCUAAGACCCUUCUAUCACCCCACGUAUGCGCCCCUCCAUUUAUCGAUGAGUAUAGACUGCGUUAGCCUGGCUUUCGUAUCGCUUGGGGGGUGUGCAGAUGAGGCUGCCUUAGUACCAGCGCGUGAGAAAUACGCCUCGGCCCUGCGUAUGACGAAUAAAGCAUUGCAGAAUAAGAACUCUGCAUCCAACGACGUCACUAUCCUCGUCUCUGCGCUUCUCCUGGAUCUCUUCGAGAAGAUGACGAAUACUAGACAUCGAGGAAGUAACUCAUGGACCAGCCAUAUCGACGGUGCCCUCGGUCUUGUCCGACUAAGAGGCAUCGACAAGUUUCAGACGCCUGAAGCGGUUAGGAUUCUUGUACGGCUGAGUACAAACCUCCUCAUCAGCUGCAUAGCCAUCGACCAUAGAAUCCCAGACGAGCUUCAGGAGCUCCGCGACCACGCCUCCACGCACCUCAACGUCGACGACCCCAAAUGGAGAGUCACAGACCUAAGCGUGCAGUACGCUAACCUUCGAGGCGACAUCCGUACCGGAGCGAUCCCCUCUGACAAAAUCAUCGCCCGUACACUUGAACUGGAUGCCAAAUACGCCGCCAUUAGAGCCACCAUGCCGCCAUCUUGGCAGUACACAACCGCCCUCGCGCCACAGUCCUCCCCCCACAUCUACAACCGGACCUACUUCCCCUAUCUAGACCGCCACAUCACUCAGACAUGGAACGUCACCCGCUUCACCCGCAUCCUCCUCAACGAGCUGAUACUCGCCCACUGCUCCGCCUCGUCGCCCCUGGCGGACCAAGCUAUCGAGGUCAUCCAAACGAUUGUUUUUGAUAUAUGUGCCGCCGCCCCUCAAUACAUUGACUGUGCCCAUGCUGCAUCACACCUCCUCCCCGAAUCCCAGAACCCGCCUUGGCCGCCUGGCACCGGCAUUCCCGCUCAAGACGGGAGCCCGCACACACAUUGUCCGUCGCAGAAAAUGAGUGCGUAUACUCUUAUUUUCCCCCUAUUCGUAGCCGCGCAGUCGCGGUACUCGCCGCCGGGUGUGAGAAGCUGGAUAGCGAAGCAGAUGAGAUGGAUGGACGUCCAUUUCGGGAUUCGGAUUGGUGGGACGGUGGCGGCGUUGCUAGAAAAGGAAGGGGAUGUAGAGGUUGGGGCGUGGACUGUGUAUGCGAUGUUGGGGAGUUAUGCUUUUGCUGCGUGA